GUGUAGCUACUUGAAAGAAACCUACUUUAUAUCCACAUCUCAACAUCUUCUUUAAAUGAUAGUAAUUUAAGAAGUUCCAAUAAUUGUUCACCAUUUAAUUUACAUGCCUUCUUUAAUUUAUUAUUAUUAUUAUAAUAAAUAUAAACUGAAGCUAUCAAAAACUCAUUGAAUUCAAAGGGUAAUUAAGAAGAUGGAAAUGAUGUGGUUAGUGGUGGGCUUAAUGACGUUUUGGUGGGGCUUUAUCUAUUACAGAGUGGCGGAGAAAGGGAAGAAAGGGCCGAGGAGUUGGCCGGUGAUCGGCGCCAGCGUGGAACAGCUUGUGAACUAUCACCGGAUGCACGAUUGGCUGGUCAACUAUCUCUCCCGGUCAACGUCAGUCGUUGUCCCUAUGCCCUUCACCACUUACACUUACAUUGCCCAUCCGGAUAACGUCGAACAUAUUCUCAAGACCAACUUUCAUAAUUAUCCAAAGGGAGAAGUUUACCAUUCAUAUAUGGAAGUUUUGCUUGGAAAUGGUAUAUUUAAUGUAGAUGGUGAGCUAUGGAGGAAGCAGAGAAAGACUGCAAGCUUGGAGUUUGCUUCCAAGAAUUUGAGGGAUUUCAGCACUGUUGUCUUCAGAGAUUAUAGCCUCAAACUCUUCACCAUUCUAACCCAAGCUUCUCUGCUUAACCAGCAAGUUGACAUGCAAGACUUGCUAAUGAGGAUGACUUUGGACUCUAUAUGUAAGGUGGGAUUUGGUGUGGAAAUAGGGACAUUGGCCCCAAAUUUACCAGAAAAUGCAUUUGCCAAGGCAUUUGAUGCAGCCAACAUUAUUGUCACUCUCAGAUUUAUUGAUCCAUUGUGGAAAAUCAAGAAAUUCCUGAAUGUAGGAUCUGAAGCCAUUCUUGAUCAGAGCAUCAAAACCAUUGAUGAUUUCACAUACUCUGUCAUCAAGAAAAGGAAGGCAGAGAUAGAAGAAAUCCAAAAGAAUGAGAAACUAGUUAAGAAUGACAUAUUGUCAAGAUUCAUAGAGCUUGGGAAGGAGCCAGAAAACAACAUGAAUGACAAAAGCCUGAGAGACAUAGUGUUGAACUUUGUAAUAGCAGGACGAGAUACAACAGCAACAACUCUGUCCUGGGCUAUAUACAUGAUCAUGACUCAUGAAGAUGUUGCAGAGAAGCUUUGCUCAGAGUUGGCAUCAGUGGAGGAAACCCGGGCAAGAGAAGAGAAUGUUACUUUGCACAAGUACAGCUGUGAUGAUCCCGAGUCGUUAAACCGAAGGGCGGUCCAGUUCGCCGAGCUCCUCAGUUAUGAUUCCUUGGCUAAGCUUUACUAUUUGCAUGCUGUGGUUACUGAGACUCUUCGCCUCUAUCCCGCUGUUCCUCAGGAUCCAAAGGGGAUUUUAGAGGAUGACAUAUUACCAGACGGAACUAGAGUAAAGGCUGGGGGAAUGGUCACAUAUGUGCCUUAUUCCAUGGGCAGAAUGGAGUACAACUGGGGCCCAGAUGCUUCUUCCUUCAAGCCUGAGAGAUGGCUCAAAGAUGGGAUUUUCCAGAAUGCAUCUCCCUUCAAGUUCACCGCAUUCCAAGCUGGGCCAAGAAUAUGUCUGGGAAAAGACUCAGCAUAUCUCCAGAUGAAGAUGGCAUUGGCGGUUUUGUGUCGAUUCUUUAAGUUCAAGCUGGUUCCUGGGCAUCCAGUGGAGUAUAGGAUGAUGACCAUUUUGUCCAUGGCUCAUGGACUCAAGCUUACAGUUUCACCAAGACCUGAAAAUUAUGCAUAGUCUUUAUCUAAUGAAUGUGUUUGUUUUUUUGCUUUUUCCCUCAUAUAUAUUUCAGUAACUGUAAUUAAAAUGGUAAACUUCUAAUGGAAAAGAAUCCUCAUGUUGUGGAUAUAUAGCGUGGAAUAAUCAAUUAUAAAAGGAGCAAGAAGAAUGAUAAUGCCAGAGUUAGUUUUGUUGGAACAGAUUUUAAGUGUUGGAUGAGUAUUAUCCAAAUUAAACAUGGCAUUGGCGGGUUUUCCUGAUA